UACUACCACUAGCUGCUUGAUUCCUCUCUUCUUCUCCUACCUCCUUCCGACCGCAAGCUCUCUAGCUAGCGAGCUAGCUUCUUCUCCUUAUAAAGGCCAUUCCAGAGCUCCGUCUGCCAUUCCAGACCUGCAAGACUGCAAAAGAAAUCGCUAGCUUUCUGCCUCACUUCUUCUAGCUACCUCAGUUGAUUAAUGGGGUUCCCGGCGGCGGUGCACGCGGAGGUGCCCAAGCUGCUGCUCAACCUCCUCUUCCUGCUCGACCACCUCCAACGCCUCUCCUCCUGGCUGCUCCGCCUUGUCGGCGUUGGCAUACAACACGACCCGAGCCUCACCUUCGAGUACCCCACCGCCUCCGACUUCGCCCACCACCACCGUCACCAUGGCCUUGAGCUUGAGCUGGAGAAGCAUUCCCCGGCCGUGCGCUUCGACGCGCUCUCCACCACCGGAGACGACACGCUGCUGCCGCCGGAGGGCUGCGCGGUGUGCCUCGGCGACUUCCACGGCGCCGCGCACGUGCGCCGGCCACGCGGGUGCUGGCACAUCUUCCACCGCGCCUGCCUCGACCGCUGGGCCGCCUACGGCCACCGCACCUGCCCGCUCUGCCGGGCGCCUCUUCUCCCGCCCUUCCUCCUGCCUUUAUCGCUCCCGUCGUCGUGACUCCCGCUGGGUGUUGUUUGCACAAUCCGGCGACUGCAGAAGGCGUAUCCUGACGAGGGUGUUCUGAAUUUGUCGCCUGCGGUUGGGUUUCUAUGGAAAUCAACCCAACCACAGCAAGGGCCAAGGAGGCCAUCGCGGUGAGCUGUUGAAACAUUUUCCGAUCGUCCCCUCCUUUGGAGAGAUUCUCACGAUAAAGACCCCAGGGAUGGGGAUUAGUUCCUUGUUCAAGUUUCAGUUAAUUUGGAUUUCGCUCAAGUAAAAAAUCCAUACACCAAGAAGAAGAAGUGGACAUAUGUACAUCAGGAAAUAGAUUACAUGAAGUAGAUCACUGUUCAAGAAUUCCUCCGAUUAUUCGGUUAAAGGGCCAAUGUUAAUCGCUACUCAUAGGGUGGCCGACUCGUAUAACACCUAUUUGUCGCGUUAGCUUGUCAGGCCAAUUAAAUGGCAUGUUAGGCCGUCAAAUUGGUUGUUAGGCCGGUUAAUCCUUGCUGGCCCAUUAACUUGUUGGCAAACAAAACCCGUUUAUUUGGCCCGUAACCCUCCCAGACUCCCAGUCCCCUCCCUCUCCUAAAUAGCGAGUGUUUAGCCCUCCUCCCGCUCCUCUCAUCUCCUCAUGUCCUAGAUGGCGUGGGCAGGUCCUCUUUGGCACAUCGUCACUUCCCCUCCUCCCUCUGUGUGCUGCUACUUCCCCUCCUCCCUCUGUGUGCUGCUACUUCCCCUCCUCCUUUCUGACCAUCCACCUCCGGCAACUGACGCGUUCAGACGCCCCGCGCGACUGCUGACACCUUCCUUUUGCGCAUCGCAAUCGCGCAGCCGGCAUCUCUCGGAGAUGCAACAAAAAAAAUGUUUCGACGCCGGGGACGACGAGGCGGAGCAUGUCUUGGUAGGUAUGCGGCAAGCAUCAUCGGCAAAAAAAAUGUUGUUGUAUACAUGUUUGUUGAUGAUUUUCGACACCCAUAUGGAUGUUUGUUGAUGUUUGUUGUUGUAUACAUGUUCGUGGUCUAUUGAGAAAAGAAAGCAGUGCCAUUUGCAUCAUAUUUGCAUUGUAGAUUUUUUUUUUUAUCAUUCAAGUUCCAUUAUCUCCGUUUUUCCCCCAUUGGGUUUAAAAUUCCACCGAUUAAUGGUCAAUAGAUUAAUCUAGUUAAUAGGCCGAUUCACCGAUUAAUCGUUACUCCCAAGCCGAGCGAGCAGGUACCAGUUAAACAUUUCCUCAACAUUGAUUUUUUUUCCUGUACUAGCUUUUAGUGUAACUUUCUGUCUUGCUAAGAUUUUAGCAAUAUCAUGUCUUUUUUUCAUCUUUUAUAGUGCUUCGCAGGAGUUUUGGAAAUAAUUCAUGUUUACAGUUUAGCAGAUAUAUUGGGCAUUAACGUCUUGGAAAUGCAUUUUGAUUCGACUGGAUUACCUUAAUUUAUCGUCUAUGCUAAACCUAACGUCCAAACACUGGUGAUAUGCUUGCCGCGUACCUACCAAGACAUGCAAUUUUGGUUCUUGUGUGUACAAUAAUUCGUCCACUAAUAUCAGAGGGGGUUUUCAUUUUGAAAGGGGACAACUUUUAUUCCACCAUGUAUUUGUUACUCAUCUGCUAAUAUAAAAAUAACUUUGUUACAUGAAAAUGUGUGGACCAAACUAUUAACUGGGCUAAUACUCAAAUAAGAGAUGGAAUACAAUCGAAAUCUUAGACGUGUGCACCGUAGAAUCCUCUAGCAAGAUAUUAUAGAUAAUAAAACAACCACAAACACAUCUAUACACACUAUAAUACAUGUACAAUGUCUAGCACACCACGUGUGCAAGCCAUGCGAACUACAUCUUUUGUUAUCUCUAAAUAAAUUGAACAAAUUACUCCACUGAUGGAUGCAUGUGAUUUUGUCUGUUUUGUGCUUUAUUUAGAUUUGGAUCAACCAGAUUUAUUUCAUAAAACAUCCUAAACUAUAAUAUGAAAAAUUAACAUAAUUUCCAAUAAAAAUAACAUCUUACUCUUCUUGUGGCAUUUAUAAAGAUAGAAGUGUGUGUAUGCGCCAAUAAUUUAAAAAAAAAA